UCUUUGCUGAUUGCUAACAACAUGGCUUCAGAACAGCAGCAGCCAUCAUCCAAAUUUUCAUUCCAUCCUCAAACUUACCACAGCUUUCUGGUUUUGGACUUUGAAGCAACAUGUGAUGAACAACUCAUAAACCCACAGGAAAUUAUUGAAUUUCCAAUCCUCAAGUUACACAGCAGGACACUGGAAAUUGAAUCUACCUUUCAUGUGUACGUUCAACCAAUUGUCCAUCCAAAACUGAUAUCUUUUUGUACGGAGCUCACAGGCAUUGAGCAGUCCAUGGUAGAUGGGAAACCAACAUUGCCAGAAGUCCUUCAGAUGGUUGAUGACUGGAUGAGGGAUAAUGGAUUGCUGGAUCCCAAAAUUAAUUCCAUUUUUGUAACGUGUGGAGAUUGGGAUUUAAAAACACUGCUGCCAAGACAACGCCAGUACUUGGGUCCGCCAGUCCCUGAUUACUUCAAGAAGUGGAUUACUCUCAAAAAGGCAUAUAGCUUUGCUAUGGGAAAAUAUCCAAAGAAUGGACUGCUAUUCAUGAUCAGUGGGUUGAAUUUGCAACACAUUGGAAAACCACAUAGUGAAAUUGAUGACUGCAAGAAUAUUGCCAACAAAAUGAAGGAACUAGCACGAAGGGGGUUCACAUUCAAGCAAACUGGAUCUAACCUCUAA